AUGCCAUUGCUUAACGAGAAAACCGUUACCGAUAUACUAUUGGCCCAACAACACCAACAGGCAUUGGCCGCGGCCGCUGCUAACGGUGCCGACAUAACGUCCACAACAACUACUACCAGUCCUCCAUUGGUAGCGGCAGUGGUACUCGAUUUGGAUGCCGGUGCCAAACAAAAGAUGCUGGUGCCUAUUGUUGGUAAUAAUAAUAACUACACAGAUAAUGAUGUUGAAAAUAUUGGAUGUCCACAAAAACGCCGAUCACUGGCCAAAAGGAUACCAGCUUUCGGCCUAUUAAUGGCACUAACAUCGGUAGUCUGUUUCAGUAUUGGCUCAGUUAUAGUCAAAGUGCUAACACAAAUGCACUCAAUACAAGUGCUAGUAAUCAGGUGCACAAUACAGUUCACAUUCUACACAAUUACGGCACUGAUCUACAGAUAUCCAUUGAUGCCCCGUCGUGGCCAUCGACUGGAUCUGGCUUUUAGGUGUGUGUCGGGUACCAUAUCGUUGAUAACCAUAUUUGUUGCCUAUCGGCUGAUGCCGUUGGCCGACGCAUCGACCAUACACUUUGCUUCGCCAGUUUUCGUAACAAUAUUUGCCUAUUUCAUACUGAAAGAGCCGUUAACAGUACUCCAGGUGCUGACCGGUACCAUAACGUUGACCGGUGUUGUCAUUAUUGCCAAACCGGAGUUUCUGUUCGGAGCGGAAACAUCGGAAUCGGUACACGAAAAUCGUUUGUUGGGUACCAUAUUGGCCAGUAUUGCCGCACUGACUGCUGCCCUAUCUAUGAUAACACUACGUCGGCUGAAGACAACACCCGUAGCCGUAGUAGUCAUGUGGUAUUCGGCUACCAGUAUAGUGGCCGGUGUUGUCAUAUUGAUUGUCUUGCAAAAGAUUACUUGGCCCGAAGGCUGGUGGACGUGGACACUGUUGGCCGGAGUGGGCGCGUGCGGUAUUGGCGACCAGUUUUUCUUGACUACAGCCCUCAAAUACGAAUCGGCCGGUCCGGUGUCGGUCACCCGUACGUUCAACAUUGUCCUGUCGUUUAUCUGGGAAGUAGUACUACUGGCCGAAGCUGUCGAAUGGACCAGUGUUUUGGGCGCCUGUCUAGUUAGCUCGUGUGUAGUCAUACUGGCACUGGACAAGUGGUACAAUGAGUCGCCGAAAUUGUUUAGGCGAUUAAGGCGUCGACUGUGCUGCUGCUGUAGCUGUAGUUGGGAAACGGGAUGCUGUGGUUGUGGUGGUGGUGAUGGUGCCAGCAAUUUGAACAGUAGUAGUAAUAGUACAGACAAGUCAUCGACAGUAGAUAGUUGUAUACAUAAACAGUUGCCCGAUUCGUUACGGGGCAGUACUGAUAGUAUAGACUCAAUUGCCGUACAGAGUACUGUCCACUCAAAUGCUAUACUAUUGAAAGCGGAUGAUUAGUACAGUAGUAGUAGUAUUAGUAGUAAUGGAUAGGAAUGGGGUGAUGGUUGAUAAUGAUGAUGAGCUUAGGGAGUUAAUUAUAUAUAUGAAAAAUUAGGUGAUGAUCAUUGAUUAAUUAUAUAUAUAGCUAGUAGUACACAAUGAUCAAAUGUUUUAAUUUUAUCAUGCACAAUAUUAGGUUUAAUAUAUAUUUUA